GGCGCCGCGCAAGCCCGGUCGUGGCAACCCCAGUGCGCCGAGCCUGGGCGGGGCAGGCAGACGGAGGCCGGGUUCCGUGAAGCGAGGUGCUUCCCGCUUUCCCGGCGCCGGGUCCCGGGCCCGCCAUGGAGCCCCGGGCGGUUGCGGAUGCCGUGGAGACGGGGGAGGAGGACGUAGUUAUGGAGGCUCUUCGCGCAUACAACCGGGAGAACUGCCAGAGUUUCACGUUUGAUGCUGCCCAACAGGAGGACAGGAAGAGACUGGCGGAGCUGCUGGUCUCGGUCCUGGAGCAGGGCCUGCCACCUUCCCGCCGCAUCAUCUGGCUGCAGAGCAUCCGCAUCUUGUCUAGGGACCGCAGCUGCCUGGACUCAUUCACCAGCCGUCGGAGCCUGCAGGCAUUUGCCUGCUAUGCUGGCAUCUCCGCCUCCCAGGGCUCGGUCCCCGAACCCCUGGACAUGGAUGUUGUGCUUGAGUCCCUUAAGUGCCUGUGCAACCUUGUGUUAAGCAGCCCCGUGGCACAGGUGCUGGCGGCAGAGGCGGGUCUAGUGGUGAGGCUCGCAGAGCGAGUGGGGCUGUACCGCCAGAGCAGCUUCCCGCACGACGUCCAGUUCUUUGACUUGCGCCUCCUCUUCUUGCUAACGGCACUUCGCGCCGAUGUGCGCCAGCAGCUGUUUCAGGAGCUGCAGGGAGUGCACCUGCUGACCGAAGCGUUGGAGCUGACGCUGGGAAUGACCCCUGGAGAGAGGCCCCCUGAGCUCCUGCCUCCCCAGGAGACUGAGCGAGCCAUGGAGAUCCUCAAAGUGCUCUUCAACAUCACCUUCGACUCCAUCAAGAGGGAAGUGGACGAGGAAGACACUGCCCUUUACCGGCACCUGGGGACCCUUCUGCGGCACUGCGUGAUGGCUGCUGCUGCUGGAGACCGCACAGAGGAGUUCCACGGCCACACAGUGAACCUCCUGGGGAACUUGCCCCUCAAAUGUCUGGACGUUCUUCUCACCCUGGAACCCCACGAAGGCUCUUUGGAGUUCCUGGGAGUGAACAUGGAUGUGAUUCGUGUUCUCCUCAGCUUCUUGGAGAAGCGUCUGCACCAGACGCACAGGCUGAAGGAGAGUGUGGCUCCCGUGCUGAGCGUGCUGACGGAGUGUGCCCGCAUGCACCGCCCCGCCAGGAAGUUCCUGAAGGCCCAGGUGCUGCCCCCGUUGCGGGAUGUGAGGACCCGGCCCGAGGUGGGGGAGCUGUUGCGGAACAAGCUGGUUCGCCUCAUGACGCACCUGGACACCGACGUGAAGAGGGUGGCAGCCGAGUUCCUGUUUGUUCUGUGCUCUGAGAGCGUGCCCCGAUUCAUCAAGUACACAGGCUACGGGAAUGCUGCCGGCCUCCUGGCUGCUAGGGGCCUCAUGGCAGGGGGCCGGCCUGAGGGCCAGUACUCGGAGGACGAGGACACGGACACAGACGAGUACAAGGAAGCCAAGGCCAGCAUAAACCCAGUGACUGGAAGGGUAGAGGAAAAGCCUCCCAACCCCAUGGAGGGCAUGACAGAGGAGCAGAAAGAGCAUGAGGCCAUGAAGCUGGUGAACAUGUUUGACAAGCUCUCCAGGCACAGAGUCAUCCAGCCCAUGGGGAUGAGUCCCCGGGGUCAGCUCACAUCCCUGCAGGAUGCCAUGUGCGAGACCAUGGAGGGACAGCUCUCCUCGGACCCUGACUCGGACCCUGACUGAGAACGGCUGCUCUUCCGCUGCCCUUCAGAACUGGUGCUGCUUCCAGAGGAGUCCUGGGGGCCAGGACCUGGGGAAGCCACAUCCCUCCCUCCAACUCGGAGACCCUUUUCUCUUUACUCCCACACUUCUUUUCGUGAUUUGCCUUUGGUCCAUUUUCUUCUCUUUAGGGCUGCGAGGGUCUUGUCCUAUGAACUCUGGGAACUCAGCCUUGCUUUCCGCAAAUGAAGUGGUUUCUUUUAUGUGUGCCUGAGGGCAGGGCUUAACUGAAGGCAGAAAUGUACAUGGGUUUGGGAGGGCGGGGGCUGAGUGAGACACAGCACAUCCACAGCUGGCAUGCAGGCCCAGAGCUGGUGUUGGGCAAGCACCACAUUUCACAGGGGAAAGAACCUGCUGGAACUUUAUAUGCUAAUGCCAGAAACACACAAGGUAGGAUCUGCUGUUUUUGUCCCCACUGAGUGCACGGCUGGCAGCCUCUUGCAUUCUCGGUCCUGGCUCAGUGCCCAAGUUCUCUGGUUGUGACAGUUGGGUCUCAAUCCUGCCCACUGGUUUCAACCAUAAAUACAUGAAGGAAAAUGUCUCUCCUGAAACCAUAAGUCUAGAUUUCUGUCAUGCACCACAGAGCUUCACAGAAACAUUAUUCUGGAAUAAAGAGUUCCAGGCAGGGAUGUUUGUGUGUGAAUACAUGUGCAAGAUACCAAGUAAAGGCACGUUAAGCAGAAAUAGAA